ACAUGCUCGCCGCCGUUGAUCACAUGGUCUCAAACGACUCAAAAUCUCACCACUCGUUACUCGAAUUCGAUAUAAUUUAGUCGCAUUCGAUAAUUUUAUCAUUAUAUCGCAUGCGAUAAAUAUGUCGUACAAUUUUUAUAACAUUUCAAGAAUUGGGUCCCUGGGCACUGAGUACUGACCACUCUCAACGGUCAAGUCUCAACCAUGAUAUAAUUGAUUAUAUUUAUUAUUUAAUAUGUAAUAUUAAUGUUAAUUAUAAUAUCAUUGUCUCAACUUACUACUCAGUACUCACAAGUGAAGACACUAAGACAGUGACCAGUGUUGUUAUUCAAUUCCUAUAGCGUCAUCGUUAUUUGUUAUUUAUUGUUCGUGAACUAAUGACAAUUAACAAUACGAGACAUUUAAUUUUAUCACAUUUUAUUAUACAAAAUGAUUACUCAGUUUUAAAUAUUUAUGAUAACUGUUUAUAUACCGUUUUUGAAGUUAUAAAUCUACUUUUUUCUUUGAUCUCAUGAGUUUUGAUUUAAGAUGAAAUAUUUUUCUUUAUCUAUCGUUAUGAUCAUGUAACGUUAUAAAUUAUAUUCAUGGUGAUUUAUAAUUGAAUCUCAUAUUCUCAUUCUUCCACGUGCUAUUUUGAUUUGUGAGAUACUUCUCGCUAUAUGUUAGACUGCCAUACUGGUCGAAGUGACGAGAAUUGUGUACUUACUGUAAAGCUUAAAAUAAUCGUCGAAGCUGUUGCCUGUUACAAAAUUUUUCAAUUAGCGUUGAGUUGAUUUAAUCGUUGUUUUAAACGCUGAACAGUUAUAUAUAUAUAUAUAUAUAUAUUGGAUCAUUUAAAUAUUCUAUUAAUCUCAAAUAAUCAUGGCAGUGGAUCUAAAUGAAGUCAAAAUUAAUAUAAGGAGCUUGUUAACCAGUUCUCAAAAACCACUCAGUAUUUUACAGCUCCAAAAAGAUUACCGUGAACAAGAAGGAUGUAACUUACCUUAUAGAAGUUUAGGUUUUAGUUCAGUCAUUGAAUUGCUUCAAAGUAUGACUGAUGUUUUAACUGUCCCUCCAAAUCCAAAUGAGUCAACUACAUUAUCUCUUGUUGUUGGGGAUAAGACCAACCAUUUAAGAAUGCUUGUUGUUAAACAAAGAUCAAAUUCUAGAAAAAAGAAAGCCAAACCCAAUAUGAAAAUACGAUAUGGACAUCAAAUAAGUUAUAAUGGAAACAAAACUUUUUCUGGACACAACUCUUAUAAUAAAAAUAUUCUAACUAAAACCAACAACUAUGCAAGCAACAUAUCUCAAAAUACUAGAAGUGACUUUCAUAGAUCCAAUAAUUCUUCUAAAAGUUAUAAUCAAAUUAAUCAGUCGUCUUUAACUAGUAAAAGUUAUUCUGAUUUAAAUAGAAAUGAUUUUAGUCAAAAUGCAAAUUCUAGUACUGGUUAUAUGACAGAUAAAUUACGUUCUGAUAUAGAAAGAUUCAUACUUGAAAAUCAAAAGCUGAUAUCUAUAUAUAAGUUAAAAGAAAUCGUAAAACAACAUCCUGACUAUUCAGUUUUGAAAAUAAACUGUAUGCAAGAUUUAAAGGACCAAGUUAAAGAUUUUUUAAAUAUAAAUGAUACAAGUGUUUCUUUAAAAAAUACAUUACAAUCUAAAACUUCUAUAGCCAGUUUACAUCACAAUACAGAUGUACAAAUUAAGCCUUUAAGACUAUCUGAUGUUAAUAAAUCAUCAUAUAAUAAUUCACUACCUAGUAUAUCAGCUGUAAAUCAUAUUAAUAGUGAAGAUAAAAAAGUGAUAAAUUCAAAAAAAUAUGAAUGUAAUGAACAAAAUAUAGUGUCUGAUUUGUAUACACGGCUAAUGGUUAAUGGAUUUCAAGAAGAUAUAACUCAAAAUAAAAAUCUAAAUGAUAAUAAUUUUGGAAUGAUUAGUAAAAUAAAUAGAUCAAUUGAAUCUUCGACUGAUUAUAUAGAUAUGUGUAAAAAUCAAAGUAUGGUUAGAGAACUUGGAGACGGUUUUUAUAAUACAGAUAAAAACUCUGAUAUUGCUAAAAUUAAUUUAAGAAAAAAUAUUGAAUAUGUGAAAAAACUAUCAGAAAAUAGAAAAAUAAAAUAUGUAGAUACAGAAUUUGUAAAUGGAAAGAAACCCGAAUCUUGUCCUAUUACUAUGAGUGGUGAAAAUUCUCUUAACAAUUUAAAUUCAUUUUUGCAUUCUACUCCAAAGAAAAAUAAUAAUGAUAACCUAACAUUGGAAAAAGACCAAUGUAUUCCUGAAAUAGUAAGGUUAAACAUUGCAAGAAUAUUCAAAGUAUACUGUUAUGGUGUGAAUACUGAGAAUUUUAAAUUAAUUUAUACUAAAUUGUACUGUACCAUUUUUGAUCCAUUUUUUUUUGGUUUUACAUCAAUUAAACAAUUGUUAAAGGUAUUGGAUCAAAUGAUUGAAAUACGUAAUAAUGUACUGUACCCAAAAAAUGAAUUUAAAUUGUAUGAAAAUAUGGAUUUUAAAAAUAAGAAUGAUUGUUUAUUAUCAAACAUUUGUUUAAAUAAUGAAGUUAACAUUUCUACAAACAUAGAACAACCAUUAUUGUCUUUUAAUCAAGACAGAUUAAAAAAAAUGCUGUUGGUUGAAACAUAUAAUCCAAGUUUAUUUUAUUUACAAUUAUGUUAUAAGAUUGUGGAACUUGAUCGUCUAAUGAUGCAAAUGCAACAAUUUUAUGAAACUGAAAAUAAAAACUAUUUUGUCAAAAUGGAACAAAUUUUACCAGGUUCAUUUUAUGCAUCUUCCUAUACUUCAUUUUCAAAUAUUAAACAAUGGUAUAGAGUUAGAGUUUUAAGAGAAGUUAAUCCAACCACUGUUGAAGUUAUUCAUGUGGACUAUGGAACUAUUGAUAAUAUUCCGAAGACUGAAUUACGAUUUUUGAAAUGUGAAUUUUGUAAUUUACCAUGUCAAGCAAUCCAUUGUUGUUUGACUGGUUAUAAUGAACUUGAUUCAAUUUCACCUGAAGUUACAAAAGCAUUUUUAGAAAUCAUAAAUAUUAAUAAGGAGGUUUUGGUUAUGGUCGAUGCUUAUUUUAUAUUGAAUAAACAUUGUCAAAUCUUACACGUCACCUUGUUCCAAAAUAAAUCAAAUGAUUCAAAAAAAUUAGAAAAUAUCAACAACGAGUUAACUAUAUGGCAUUUGAAACGCUGAGAAUUCUGCACUUUCAAGACAACUUUUAUCGGACUGGUGGACAGUCUAUGGUGCUGAAUUGAGUUAUUCAAUUCUCCGUCGUUGUUUAGAUAAUUUUAUUGUUCAACUUAAUUGUUUUAAUAAGUAUUUAAUUUUAUU